CCCCCACCGUGCUCUCUGCACCCGGUUUCAUACCAGUUACUGUCCAGUCAGGCCUUGGUCAUUUGCCACCCUAAGCACAAGUCAGGCAGAUCCAUCUCACCCGAGCACGUAGGAGAGCUGGGCUCUGAAGGGGACUGGACAUCUGUGGUACUUGACAUUCUAGCCUCUGGCAAGAUGUCAGCAUUUCAUAGAGCACUUUAAAUGUUUUUGUUUGAGAGCUAAUGCAGCACUUCCCACUGGUCAACACGGGCAGCCCAGGCAGAAAGCAAAGAGUAUUUCCCUCAACAUCAGAUGUUACACUCAGUUGUUGAUCCGACCUUGCCUUCAGAGACCGUAAGAGACUAGAAAAAUUGUACAGGAUCAUUAGUGAAGAAACACUUUGGCCACUUCAAGAUGACAAGCACUCCCUGGGCUAAAUUACUUCACUGAAAGGAAACCUCAUAUUAGACAGAACUUUUCAAAAGGUCUCACCUUUGAACAUUGCAAUGACGAAUGCCACCGCCACCAGCCAGCCCUCAGAGGGCUCCUGUCCCCAGAACACCCUCAUAACCCAGCAAAUCAUCCCCGGGCUCUACUUCGUGGUCUUCGUGGCCGGGGUCCUGCUCAACGGUGUGUCGGGGUGGGUGUUCCUCUCUGUGCCCAGCUCCAAAAGUUUCAUCGUCUAUCUCAAGAACAUCGUCGUGGCCGACUUUCUGAUGAGCCUGACGUUCCCCUUCAAGAUUCUGGGCGACUCGGGCCUGGGCCCCUGGCAGCUGAACGUGUUCGUGUGCAGGGUUUCCGCCGUGCUCUUCUACAUCAACAUGUACGUCAGCAUCAUGUUCUUUGGGCUCAUCGGCUUCGACAGGUAUUAUAAAAUCGUGAAGCCCCUCCUGACGUCCUUCAUCCAGUCGGUGAACAACAGCAAACUCCUGUCGGUGCUGGUGUGGGCACUCACGCUCCUGCUUGCCGUCCCCAACAUGAUCCUGACCAACCAGAGCGUCAAGGAGGUCACGCGGAUAAAAUGUGUGGACCUUAAAAACGAACUGGGCCUCAAGUGGCACAAAGCCUCAAACUACAUCUUUAUAGGCAUCUUCUGGAUUGUGUUCCUUUCGUUAAUCAUUUUCUACACUGCUAUCACGAGGAAAAUCUUUAAGUCCCACCUUAAGUCCAAAAAGAAUUCUGUCUCGGUCAAGAAGAAAUCCAGCCGCAAUAUAUUCAGCAUCAUGCUCGUAUUUUUUGUCUGUUUUGUCCCUUACCACGUUGCCAGAGUCCCCUACACGCGGAGCCAGACAGAAACCCAUUUUAGCUGCCAGUCCAAAGAAAUCCUUCUCUAUGUGAAAGAAUUCUCCCUGCUACUGUCGGCUGCAAACAUAUGCCUGGACCCCAUUAUUUAUUUCUUUCUAUGCCAGCCAUUUAGAGAAAUCUUAUGUAAGAAAUUACACAUCCCAUUAAAAGUUCAGCAUGACUCAGAAACUUCCAAAACCAGAAGGGGAAAUAUAACGCAAGAAAGCACAGACACUUUGUGAAAUCCCACGGUUUUUCAAAUAAAAUCUGGGCAUACAUAUUGUAAACUUCUAUUACAUAAUUAAAAAGUGGAUAAGAAGCAUAUCCAUGAUAGUAAGUAUCAUCUCUAGGCACUACUAACCAAUUUAGUACAAUAAUAAAAUUAAAAUGUAAGUUUCCAUGCUUUUUUUUGGUAACAUCAAGGAAAAAAUAAUAUGUUAUUCAGUCUCAUCCCAUCAAAAUAGAAGGUUUAAAUUUGUAAUCAAUAAUCUGGUCAGUUAAUAUAGAACUUUAAAUAGCAAAGAAAAUAGGAAGCAAUCAAGACAAUUCACAGGUGCAUCUCCCUUCUCUAAACACAAGAAUUAAGUUAGCAAGGUAUGCAACUUUUUUCAACAGGGUCAUUAAAGACCACCUUAAAAGAAGGCACAGUUUGAUAAAGGAUUAGAGGCCUGCUUGUAGUAAAAAAAAAAAAAAAAGGUCAAGUUUUCUCUGAUUUGAAGAAGCAGGAUAAGUAGACACCCAAAAAAUUACUUAAGAAAUCCCCCACUAGUAUCUCAAAGGAAAGUAGAUAGAAAUUCUGUAUACUGUGGUAAAAAAUACAAAUUUUUUCUCUGAUAGCAUUUUGGAGUUAAGAUACAUUUUAAAUAUGUUUUAUAUGAAGUUUAGUUAAACCACUUAGUAAGCCUGGGAUUCUGGUGUUAGAAUAUGUUUAAGCAAACUCUACGGAGAGAUUCUAGAUAUUGGCACAGGUUGCCAGCAAACUGCCCUGUUCAGUGGUGUGCAAAAAAUACAGGUUGACUGAGAAAAGACACACACAAAUACCCUAGGCUGGCAACAUACAUUAUUACUCUCUAGGAGUGGAGAAAAGUAGUUUUCUUAGAAAGCAACUGGACUUAAUAAAAAGAAAAUCUAACAUUUACAAUAGUGAGUGAGAAAUUACACAUAAAAUGAAAAUUUACACAUCACAUUUUCUGAAAAGCAAAAAAAUUUUAUGUGUGCAGAUAUGGAAUAUGGUUGCUGGCCUGUGAGUCAUCAAAACUAAAUUCUUUCUCUGCUAUUAACUGGCUAGAAGACAUUCAGCCCAUCAUUCAAAUGGUCUCCUAAAGUAAUUUUGUAAGUCACGUUCAUAUGUACUUCAAGCUUUAUCACAUAUAUAUAUACUAAUAAAAAACAUAUUUUUAAAAUAAUGUCAAU